CAAAAUGGAAACUUUAGUAGGCCUAGAAAAAUGAAAUGUCAAAUUCAUGUACUAAAUCUUCAGUAAACUUCAUUCAACUCGCACAGCCCAGUAGCGUAGGAUCAUAGUUCAGACUAGGGAAAGUUUCAGUUACGGAAAAGGUAUAUACAAACCGAACCAUCGUACACACAACUGUCGAGCUAGACAUAUAUUAAAAUUCGGUUCAGUCUUGCUACACAUUGUUAAGGCGUCAAGGAACCAAUGAUGGCCAACCGUAAUGUGCCGGCGACUCCGUCGCAGGAGGAGUUACGUGAGAAAGUGAACAUUAAAAAUGUGAAAAAUUCGGAAGAGCGUGAAACAGACAAUUUGAACACGAAUGCAGACACAACAGACUUACUGCCUACCGUGUCCUCGGCAGGGGCUUUGAGUCGCGGUGCAGGCUCCUUAAAAAGCCGGACCAAAAUUCCGGCGCCCACCGCUCUUGGCCCCAGCUCCAGCACUUUCCAGAUGGGCAGCCGCAAGUACACCAGUACCCUCGACACUACCAGAUCUCCGCUGCAGUCGCCCAAUGAUUCUGGCAUCCAGACAGAUACUUCGAUCUCCGAGCCUGAUCCGACCACAAAGUCGCCCAUACCCACCCCCGUUCCCUCAUGCCGUAGCGAAAUGGCACUGAAACUGGACGAGCGUGAGACCCUGAGGGAGCUGCAACGCGUCGUCGCCGAAAUGGAGGCCGAAGUGGCAUUGGCUGACAAGGAGGACGUAGAGUUGGGGCUUCUUGAUGCCUCCAACGCUGACCAGACGUCACUGGCUAGCGAUGUCGAGACUGUACGGGAUCCAGACGUCCGUACUAGCGAGGAGAAGUUAGGACCAACUGAGGAACUGUUAGCUGAAACCAAAGCUGAACAGGAUCCACUGGUCCAAGAAGCUGAACUGGGAUCGGCCCAGAAACUGGCAUCGGUCAAUGUCCAGGACAAUGAUGCAACUUCUUCUCAAGGGGUGGACCCACAAGCUGCCCCUGAGGCUCAGCAGGAGCCACAGAAUAUUGAAACUGUACAGGUUUCGACACACAGUCUGGCUCCAGAUGGGGCCCAGAUCAACGUGGAAAAAUCGAACCAGGAGGAACCUUUGCCAGAACCAAUCACAGAAGUAGUGGUCAAAGACGAUCAGCAGCUGCUCAAGAAACAAACACAGAUGGAGGAUCCUGAACUCGUAAAGGAUCUGUUAGAGCCUAUCUCUCAGGCUUCAGAGGAAAAAUUCCCAGAGAUCGCACUGGAGGAACCUGCCACGGACUCUGUGGAAGCGGCCCUUCAGCAAGCUUUCGCUAAUGUUAAUCAAGUUCAGAAGCCUGUGUUGCCGGAGGAGCCCGUAGAUGCAUUGAAUGGAGCUUCCGGUGGGCAGACAGUUGCCCUCAGCCAGGACUUGCUUGGCGAGCCAGAGCCAGAGAUCGGGGACCUAGAUCUGGCCACCACCUCGGAGGCAGUGCUGGUCACGCAGCCCUCGAAUACAAACAGCCGCAUUGUUAACUUGGAAGAGCUGCUCCGCAGUGCCAACAACGUUGAGCUGCUGCGCCGGCUGCUCCAAAUCGGAGCAGAAUCCAACAUAGUCGAGUCGGAGCCGGACUGUGCCACGCAGGAGUCAUCGGCAGAAGAUAAGGACGUCGAUGCCGAAACAGAGUCAGUACCCGAAACAAGUACAACAAGCACUUGCACUGCCACAGGAACGGAAGCCUCCACCGACGAGGAUACAGAGCUAAACGAUAACGAGGACGAAGAUGGUGCAGAUGUGAUCCCAGAGGGCCUCAACAAAGAGACAGAUUCCGUGGUGUGGCGCCUCCUUUCCGGCAAGAUGAUACACCUGGCCUGUCCCAUACUAUUUUGUGGCUUUGCUGCCGGCUUGAUAUAUAUGUCGCGCAAGGGCUAGGUUACCCAUGCGUAAAUUGGAAAUUACACCCAUUGCAAGUACCUAUCACCUGUUCGACUCAGAUAGAUCCUUCGUACACAUCGUGCAAGGCUCUUCAAAAUCGCUCGAUACAAUGGCACAUAAGUUGCCCUAAAUUCAAACUAUAUUCAAAAUAAAGCAAUUAAAACCAAAUUAUAUAUUUGGUGAAAA